GUCUUGCAGCAAGUAGAACCUCCGCUUGCGUAAUGUGAAUACUGGCAUUAUCCUAUCGGGUCAAAUAUUCAUACGGAAUAGUAGAUACGUAGCCUCAAUCCGCCCCAGGGUCUGCUCAAUGGAACCUGAGUGUGAGAGCGUCAGCAGAGCUUUAAUCUUUAAUGGCAUCAGAGGUCCCUGCGCUAUCAUAUGUUACACAAGCGAGUAAAGCGGAGCGCUUCCGCUGUGGAGAUAGUAUCGUAGCACGGCCUCGGGCUGCGUGGUGAAGGCACGAGCGGUGACGUCUUCCCCGUCCGAUUCGGCAAACCAUCAACACGGUGCAAACCGACGCGCAUGCGCCCUCUCACCACCUCCUUGCGCCAACUUGACACCCUCCCUGUCUCUUCGCGCUUACUCCUCCUUGUGCUGCAAAACACUCGGCCACACUCGCCAUGGCCUCACUCCCGCCUCAGCAGCACCAGCAGCGGAGGCCGUCGCCGCCUGCAGAAUCCGCGCGCCCGGAACAGAGCAACGCAGCUCGAACCAACAGCUUCUCCGCCGACUCAGUCGACUCGCAGACCCUCCUGCUCAACUCCCCGCCCACCGAAGCCGUGAAGCCUACCGAGGCUGAUGCAACGCAGCAGCAUGCGCCGGCGCAGGCAGAGGCGCAAUCUGCCGAAGACAACGAACCACGCCGGUGCUGGAUAUGCUUCAACGAUGAGACAGAGGACGACGAGAAUACCUCUGAAUGGCGAUCCCCAUGCCCUUGCGUCCUUGUCGCGCACGAGAAAUGCCUGCUGGACUGGAUAGCGGAUAUGGAAGCACCAGACUCACGUCUGCGCCUCGGAACCACGAGAGGAAAGAUUCUGUGUCCUCAAUGCAAGGCCGAGAUAAAGCUAGACCGGCCAAGAAAUGUAAUCGUAGAGUACGUGCGCAUGACUGAGAAAAUGACGAAGAUGCUGCAGCUUCCUAUCAUCUUCUUCGUCGCUGGAACCGCAACAUACACUACGUUGCGCUGGUUUGGAAAGGACAUCGUGUACAAGAUCUUUGGGGUGCAAGAUGCCCAGACGAUACUUCGACACCGUUGCGUCCCGUCGGGCCUCCCCUCCGAGUCGAUUACCAUGCAUCUGCUUAACCACAUUCGCAAGAACUGGCAAAUCGAUCUCGGCCUACCUGCUAUACCCGUCAUACUAGUUCUUAGCAGGACACGCAUGGCAGAUUCGUUCCUGCCGUUUCUCCCUCUCAUAUUCCUCGCUGGUGGAGGAGCAGACGCAGCGCAAGGCGACAGCCUCCUGCAAAUCACAUGGCCGCCGAGUGCUGCCUUCACCGUCGCCGCUCUACCCUACGUGCGGAGUAUCUACAACUCGUACUACGAUCGGUUCUGGGCACCGCACGAGCGGCGUUGGCUGAAAGAGGUGCAGCCACGAGCUGGCACAGAAGAUGAGAUUGAGGCGGACGCACAAGAUAUGGAGGAUGAUGCGGAAGCUAUACUCAAUGCUAUAGCAGAUGAAGACGAAGAUGGUGAGGAUGGUGAGGACAUUGUAGAGGUGGAGGUCGAUGUUGACUUGCUCUUCGACUGGAAUGCAGGCGGUGCGGCGGAUAACAACAACGCGCCCGAGAAUCCGCCAGUUCCUAUCGCACGUGGGCCAGCAGCACCACCGCUUGAAGCCCCACCAGUGGAGGAUGGUGCUCCGGUGGCAGCUGCGGCGAACCAGGAGGAGGAGGAUGCUGCUGCCCCUGCACCAAACGUACCACAACAGCACGCACAACCGCGCCGCCCGCGCAUUCGCCGCGAACGAAACAACAUCUCCUUAACAGGAAGCAUAGUGGAUACAAUUCUGGGCACUUUCAUCUUCCCUGGGCUCGCAGGGACCUUUGGAGAAGUGCUAAGGAUUGCACUGCCCAAAUCCUGGGUGACACCGCCCUCUUCCGGCAAACCGACCGGUUUCCUGCAGAAUAGAUGGGCACGAAGCAUAGUCGCCGGAUGUUUGCUUGUUGGCUUGAAGGACGCUUUUGUAUUGUAUGCGCGGUGGAAGACGGCGCAGAAUCAUCGCCAGCGCAAAGUGCUGGAUUACGACGGCAGCAAGGGCAAGAGGAAGAACAAGUCGACGUAGGGCGGGGCUUAUUGCAUGCGUGUGCAGGCUGGCAAGUGAGCUUUGAUAGAUCGGUUUCGGUAGCAUUGGCACGCGGAUUGAGCAUUGCGCGG